GAGCGCCAUGACAUGAACACCCUAAGCCUGCCCCUGAACAUCCGCCGAGGCGGGUCAGACACCAACCUCAACUUCGACGUUCCAGAUGGCAUCCUGGACUUCCACAAGGUCAAACUCAAUGCGGACAACCUGAAACAAAAAAUUCUAAAGGUCACAGAGCAGAUCAAAAUCGAGCAGACGUCCCGUGAUGGGAACGUUGCGGAAUAUCUGAAACUAGUCAACAGCGCCGACAAGCAGCAGGCCGGCCGUAUCAAACAGGUCUUCGAGAAGAAGAAUCAGAAGUCUGCUCACUCCAUUGCCCAGCUGCAGAAGAAGCUAGAACAGUAUCACAGAAAGCUCAGGGAGAUCGAGCAGAACGGAGCCUCCAGGACCUCGAAGGACAUUUCCAAAGACCACCUGAAGGACAUCCACCACUCUCUGAAAGAUGCCCACGUCAAGUCUCGAACUGCUCCCCACAGCAUGGAGAGCAGCAAAUCGGGCAUGCCCGGCGUCUCCCUCACUCCCCCCGUGUUUGUCUUCAAUAAGUCCAGAGAGUUUGCCAACCUGAUCCGGAACAAGUUUGGCAGCGCAGACAACAUUGCUCACUUAAAAAACUCCUUAGAGGAGUUUAGGCCCGAGGCAAGCGCCAGGACCUACGGGGGCAGUGCCACCAUUGUAAACAAACCCAAGUAUGGCAGUGACGACGAGUGUUCAAGCGGCACGUCGGGCUCGGCCGACAGCAACGGGAACCAGUCGUUCGGGGCCGGUGCAGCCGGCACGCUGGGCAGCCAGAGGAAGUUCAGCAUCGUCCUGGAGGAACUGAGGGAGAUCAAGGACACCCAGGCGCAGCUGGCCGAGGACAUCGAGGCGCUGAAGGUGCAGUUUAAGAGAGAAUACGGCUUUAUUUCCCAGACCCUGCAAGAGGAGAGAUACAGGUACGAGCGACUAGAAGACCAGCUCCAUGACCUGACGGACCUGCAUCAGCACGAGACGGCCGACCUGAAACAGGAGCUGGCCAGCAUCGAGGAGAAGGUGGCCUACCAGGCGUGCGAGCGCUCCAGGGACAUCCAGGAAGCCCUGGAGUCCUGCCAGACGCGCAUCUCGAAGCUGGAGCUCCACCAGCAGGAGCAGCAGGCCCUGCAGACAGACGCGGCGGGCGCCAGGGUGCUGCUGGGCAAGUGCAUUAACGUGGUCCUGGCCUUCAUGACGGUCAUCCUGGUGUGCGUGUCCACCAUCGCGAAGUUCGUGUCGCCCAUGAUGAAGAGCCGCUUCCACAUCGUGGGCACCUUCUUCGCGGUGACUCUGCUCGCCAUCUUCUGUAAGAACUGGGACCACAUUCUGUGUGCCAUAGAACGGAUACUAAUACCCAGAUGAAGCCGCUGGUCCCCGUCCUCAAGUGUGUUCACGUUUUUAUCUUCAAGUGAACUCUGUGCGUACUACCAAAUUUUAACGUGAAAGGGUGGGGACUGGGCGUGGCAGGUGAUGAGGACUCUCUGGACUCGGCACCGUGCCCGCUCGGUCCCUGAGCCUGGGCACCGUGACUGUGUUGCCAGGCCCUCCCCACAUUCCUCGCUGCCUUAAUCACACCGGAUCCCCUGCCCACCUGCCUCACCAGCCUGGCGGGCCUCUGGUAGCGGAGCACUUGGCAUAAUUAGUGACUCAGAAGAAAAGGGGAUUUCCGUGUCUCCCUCUCGAGUCUCCGUCAUCAGUGAGCUCACCAUUGUCACUGGUCACGUUUUCCCUGAGUCCUGUAAGCAGCAAGGACGAGUCACGACUGGGAAGGGAGGAAGGAGCACAGGUGUGGCCGUGUUGAACACGCGCGGCCUGUGGAUGUGCAGUGAAUCCCGUGUAGCCCAUCCCGAUGAUCCACAGUGGACCGUAGGUCCCAUAUGUGCCAUUGUCCGCAGUGCUCAGUUGUGUGUGGCUCCCCUAACAUGGAAAUCUUAUUGCACACCUGUUUAUCCAUCCAAAGUUAAUUGUAUUGUUCUGUUGCACUUUAAAUGUUAAGACACGAGGAUGUGUGAAUGGGGCUCGUGCCUUCUCAUACCCACAGAGACGUGCGCCUGAUUUCAUCUCAGCUGGCUGUGUGCUCCCCAGCACGCGGAAGCGCUUCCAAACCCCUCAUCAGACUGCGGCGUUAACGAUCCUCGGGGGUCCUGCCGGCUCUGUUCCGGAGGCUUGGGACUCGACCAACCUUAACUGUGAUAAGCCCCCCGUGAGGGGUGACCCACCUUAUUUGCAGGUCUGUGAGGGGUUUGACGCUUACUCGGUAAUUGAAAACACAUGAUGCUUAUGUGGCAGGGAUUUUUUUUUUUCUUUAAGAAGGAACACCUGAUCGUAGUUUAUAAAGCUGCAGUGCCCUCCGGUAGGAACACAGGAAGCAGGAGGAACGUGUGACAUGCGGUCUGAUUGGAUGGCAGCUAGAUCGGUGGGAGCGGUUCACUUGGAUGAAGAUGGAGAGAGUCCUCUUAGGACCCUGAACGACCAGCAAGAAUAAGAUAAAUUAGGUGCAGUGCCUGAGCCAAGGGUGCCGUCUGUCUCCUAGCAUCUCACUGAACAUGGUCCUAGGAUAACAGAGUGGCCACAUUUCCCUGAGGCAGCAGCCUUCAAAAGUUAGCAUCUUAGGCCUAUUUAGGGGAUGCCAUUCACUAUCUUCAGCCCAGAUGAAGACGUGGAGGAAUUUCAUGGCAACGGCUGCCUAGCCCCACCUCCCACCACCCACCAUCUUAUGUCUGCAGACAUAAAGAUGCAUGUGAGUGUACGUUUUCUUCCAGAAGCCUUCAAACUGCCCGGGUUUAAAUUAAGUGCAAUAUUUUGCAAACUACUUUUAGGGAAAUCUCCUGAAAAGGAUGUGACCGUGUGCCAUGGUUUGAGAGAAUGGGACAGUCGAGCAUCUGAUGCAAGUCCAGUGUGUGUGAGACUCAUUCAACUCGAGCUUUUGUUCUAAGUUUACAGUUCAGUGGCUUUAAUCAGUUCACAAACUCAUACAGCUGUCACCACGAUCUAAUUCCAGACUCGAGCUCUUUAAAACAAUAAAUGUGACUUCAUGAAAUUGUCAGCGAGAGGGAGUUCCUGGACCCAACCCCCUUGUGGCUGUCUUCUCUCUCCCUGCAUCUCCCGAAUUGGUUGUUAAUACACUGAUCCAUCAA